AUAAAUUACUGGCAAGAUGAACAGAAUCAUUCAUCUGAGCUUGGCCUUGUUGGUGUUUUCCCUCGUCAGCCAUGGCCACCAUGAUGUCGAUCAUCACCACGAUCAUCAUGACCCCAAAGCUGCUAUCAAGAUCCAACACAAUAUUGAACAUUUUGCAAUUGAACUCUACAAAAUACUGGCUGCAAGAUCAGAUGGAGAGAACGUUGUUUUCUCACCCUGCAGCAUUUCUAUAGUGCUUUCAGUCCUGCUAUUAGGGACAAAUUCAAACACGCAUGCAGAGAUUUUAAAGGGCCUUGAUUUUAACAUGACAAAGAUUCAGGAAGAUGAGAUCCACCAGGGGUUUCAUGAACUUCUCCAUCUGCUCACACAUUCAGAGGAGGAUUACAAGCUGGAUAUCGGACAGGCCCUGUUUUUAAAGGAAGGCAUACAACCAUUGCAGACAUUUUUAGAUAAGAUUAAGGAAUUCUAUGAAGCAGAAAUCCAAGCCACAAAGUUUCAGGAUCCAAAAGAAGCUGAAAAGGACACUGGAAGAAUCCUUUUAAUCCAGAGUUCACAAGGGAAGAGGACUUCUUUGUGGAUCACAACACAACUGUCAAAGUCCAAAUGAUGCAUAGGACCGGUUGGUUUUACUCCUAUUUUGAUAGUCAGCUGUCUUGCACAGUACUGCAGAUAGACUACAAUGGUACAGAAACCACAUUUUUUGUUUUGCCUGAUCCUAAAAAAGAGAAAGAAUUGGAUGCGAGUCUGUCAAUAGAAACUGUGAACAGAUGGGCACAAAAUGUACAAAGGAAUACAGCAACGGUCUCCAUCCCCAAGUUUAGUAUUUCAGCCACAUACAACUUAAAGGAACCCCUCUCCCAGCUUGGCAUUACUGAAAUCUUUACUGACGAUGCUGAUCUCUCUAGAGUCACCGGGGGGAGGGCUUUGAAAUUGUCUAAGGCUAUCCACAAGGCUGUGUUGACUAUUGAUGAAAGUGGAACUGAGGCAGCAGGUGCCACUGCUGCAGAAUUGAUGCCUGUAUCAUUGCCUCCAGAACAUCAAUUUAACCAUCCUUUUAUAGUAUUGGUUUUUAAUAGACAGAUCAAUGGUACAUUAUUUGCAGCCAAGAUAGUAAAUCCAACACAACUGUAAAAUAAAAUUUAAAACCCCCAGAGUAUAUUGGCUUUUGAAUACAGUUCAAAAAUAAAGUAUUGUUGGAACAUGAAUUUCAAGGAGAGAAGGCGGGGAGGGGGGGAUUUCAAAGGAAAAUUAACAAACGUAUUUGGCUCCUGUGUGAAUCCUCAUAUGAAAUGAAAUGGUUUGUAAAUAGAAAAUAAAAUGGAGCAGUGCUCAUGUGGAUUCCCUGAAGACUGAAAUGAAAAAUUGAGCAAAAUAAUCAAAGAACAUAAAAAGAUACAUUUUCUUUGAGAAUAAAGACUAACUAGACAAUUUGUCAAAUGCAAUCAAACCAGUGCCCUUCCACUAAAUUUUCUCUGUGUUCAUCAUCUCUCUUGGGCUCCAGAAUACAACAAUUGACUUUAAAAUAGAGAAACCUGGGCUGUGGAUCACCAACAUUUUUUUUUAAAACUGUCUCAGGACAGUUUU